UGCAAAGAAACACAUAUAUGUCUAAACAUCUUUUAGGACCUCUGACAACUCCUAAAUCCUAACUCCUUCGGAAGCUCUUUAUCAUAUACCACAGUAGCUCCAAAAUGGCUAAAAAUUCGUUCCAAUCCAUUGCAUCGCUGCUUUUGGUCCUCAAUUUCUGCAUGUAUUUCAUAGUUUCGGGCAUCGGUGGAUGGGCAUUGAAUAGAGCCAUUGAUCAUGGUUUCAUCAUCGGUCCAGCAUAUCAUCUCCCUGCACACUUUUCUCCUGUAUACUUCCCAAUGGGAAAUGCUGCCACUGGAUUCUUCGUAAUGUUUGCUUUGAUCGCGGGAGUUGUUGGUCUCUCGUCAGUCAUCGCUGGAUUCAACCAUGUUCGUUUCUGGAACAUCGAUAGCCUGGGACCUGCUUCUUCUGCUGCCACCAUAGCAUGGACACUUACUCUCCUUGCCAUGGGCUUUGCGUGCAAAGAGAUUGAGCUGCAAAACAGGAACGCCCGUCUGAAAACGAUGGAAGCAUUCACAAUUAUUCUUUCAGCUACUCAUCUUCUAUACAUUGCUGUCAUUCAUGGUGGUGUUUCAAGGAGUUCAAGGGUAUAAACUCCAGGGUUGAGUCAUAUUCUGUGUCUGUGAUUUUUAUUUUUACUUGUAUUUUUUUCUGGGCACAAUUUAGUAGGCAACUGUCAUUUUGUGGUAAGACUUGCGUUGUAUCAAAUAAAGGAAAUGAUGUACAAAGAACAUGAUUGUAAUGGGUGUUUUAAAUUUA